CCCAGGUCCCUGCUUCUCUUAGCCAUGGCUCCAAAGCGCAAGCCCCAGGUGCAGCGUGAGGGUCCUGAGAAGAAGAAGGGGCGUCAGGGGGCAGAAGAGGAGGACAGUUUCCGCUCCACUGCCGAGGCCCUCAGGGCCACACCCACAGAGAAGCGCAUAGCCUAAAUGGACCCCCUGUGCCCACUCAGCUGCAACCCUGGGACCCAGAUGCAUGAAGACUAUGACUGUACCCUGAACCAGACCAACAUUGGGAGCAACAACAACAAGUUCUACAUCAUCCAGCUGCUGGAAGAAGGUGACUGCUUUAUCUGCUGGAACCGCUGGGGGCACGUGGUGAAGGUGGGCCAGUCAAAACUCAGCCGCUUCAUGUCACUGGAGGAUGCACAGAAGGACUUUGAAAAGAAAUUUCAGGACAAGACCAAGAACAGCUGGGCAGAGCGGGACCACUUUGUGGCCCACCCCAGCAAGUAUACACUUAUCAAAGUACAGAGAGAGGAUGAGGCCCAGGAAGCCAUGGUGAAGGUAGACAGAGGCCCAGUGAGGACCGUGGUUCAGCAAGUGCAGCCCUGCUCCCUGGACGCAGCCACACAGAAGCUCAUCACCAACAUCUUCAGCAAGGACACGUUCAAGAAUGCCAUGGCUAUCAUGAACCUGGAUGUGAAGAAGAUGCCACUGGGGAAGUUGAGCAAGCAGCAGAUUUCCUGGGGUUUGGAGGCCUUGGAGGCAGUGGAGGCGGCCCUGAAAGCCCCCGCAGAUUGUGGCCGCAGCCUGGAGGAGCUGUCCUCCCACUUCUACACCAUCAUUCCCCACAACUUCGGCCGUAGCCAGCCCCCACCCAUCAACUCCCCGGAGCUUCUGCAGGCCAAGAAGGACAUGCUGCUGGUGCUGGCAGACAUCGAGCUGGCCCAGACCCUGCAGGCAGCCCCCGAGGAGACAAUGGAGGAGGUGCCACACCCACUGGACUGAGAUUACCAGCUCCUCAAGUGCCAGCUCCAGCUGCUGGACCCAAAGGCGCCUGAGAACAAGGUGAUACAUACCUACUUGGAAAAGACUGGCAGCAAGUACAGUUGCCCUGCUCUUCAACAUAGUUGGACAGUGAACCGAGAAGGGGAGGGAGAUCAGUUCCAGGCCUACGACAAGCUGGGUAAUCGGAAGCUACUGUGGCACGGCACCAACAUGGCUGUGGUGGCCGCCAUCCUCACCAGUGGGCUCCGCAUCAUGCCACAUUCUGGUGGCCGUGUUGGCAAAGGCAUCUACUUUGCCUCCGAGAACAGCAAGUCAGCUGGCUAUGUUACUGGCAUGUCCUGCGGGGCCCAUGACAUUGGCUACAUGUUCCUGGGUGAGGUGGCACUGGGCAGAGAGUACCACAUCACCAUCUAUGAGCCCAGCUUGAAGCAGCCACCCCCUGGCUUCGACAGUGUCAUUGCCCGUGGCCACACAGAGCCUGUUCCAACCCAGGACACCAAGCUGGAGCUGGAUGGCCAGCGAGUGGUGGUGCCCCAGGGCCAGCCCAUGCCCUGCCCAGAGUUCAGCAGCUCCAGCUUCUUCCAGAGCGAGUAUCUCAUCUACCAGGAGAGUCAGUGCCGCCUACGCUACCUGCUGGAGGUUCGCCUCUGAGUUGUCUGCCCGACCCGCCUCCCGUCCACCGCCAGGAGCUAGACCAUCAUUCUCAAUCUUCCUCCCAUCCCUGGUGCCCCCAUAUCACCCUUUCUUGCUCUCAAAUCUCCCUCCUGUGUCCAGACAGUGAUCCCCUCUCCCUCUAAUCCUUGGUGGUCCUGGCAUGGCGGUGGCCUCAGUCUCUCCUCCUAAGGUGAUGGGUGUGAUGGACUGGCGUUAUUACUGGGACACGGAUACAGCAGCCUAUUCAAGCCUGUGUAGUUAGAGAAGCACAGGCUGAGAGUGGGCGGGUCCCACAUCCACCCGGGCCAUCCACCCUGGCCCAGACUGUCCAUCCGAGAGAGGCGUGAUCACCGAGGUGGGCUGAACUUCAGACAUGCACAGGCAAGUGUAUUAAACAUUGUAUUGGCUCACCCCCUGACCUCUGCUUGUCUGUGCCAAAGCUGCACCAGGCCUGGGCCUCCUUGCUCUCCACAGUGACCCACCACACCACAUAGCAGUUCCAGCCCCACUCCAGGGAGUGACCACUCACACGGGUGGACGUGGGUUGUACACACACUCCCACCCACCCUGGUCAGUCUACAUUGGUCACUGCAACAACCGGCCUCCUCUGAUCAUUGAGCCUCCAAAAGGGACCCUCCCCAUCAACUCAGAACUGUUGGUCAUGUGGGGACCCACCUGGUGAUUCUGUCCUUUAGCCCAGACAUGGCCAGGCAAAUCAAGCGUUCCUUGUGUCUUGGCACCAAACACCCAUGUGUGUCUUCUAUGUGAAUAUCAUAAAUGAAUUGAGAAUAUCUGCAAGGGGUGCAGCUCUGCUGUCAUGAAAGGAAUGCUAGUUAUCACCCAAGUUACCCUGUCCACAAACAAGGGGUGCAGAUGCUAGACAGCAGGUCAGGGUCCAGUGCAGUGUCACACACCACAUUUAGUUGUCAUGUCUCUUUGGUCUCCUUUCAUCUGAAACCAU